AUGCUAAAAGGUGUUCGAGAUUCUAUGCUUACACUUUCUCCCUGUUAUUAUAUUGGUGCAUUAGAAACAUCAGCAACUUAUGCUAUUGGUGAUUUAUCUAAACCAUUAUCAUGGGGUAUACCAGUUGAAAAAAUCUGUCGUGAAAGACUUUCAAAAACAAAUCCACAAAUAUGUGAUCUUAAAUAUGAAAAACAAAUUGAUGUUAAUGCUGUAGAUUUAAAUAAAUUAAAAGUAAAAGAUUUAAAAAAGAUCUUAAGUGAUUGGGGUGAAAGUGUUGAUUUUAUUGAAAAAUCAGAAUUUAUUAAACGUAUUAAUGAAGUUAAAGAUAUAUAUGUUAAACCAACAGCAGAUACAAAUAAAAAAGACUUGUGA